ACCUCAGCUUCCCCCCAGGCUGCCCCAGUGAUGGACAACCUGGUGCCCCCCAGGUGGGGCAGCUGAGGCACUGGGGUUGUCCACUGAUUGCUCACUAAUUACAAAGCACCGCAGGUGCUGAUGUCAAACAAACAACAACAAAAGAGGUAAUAAAAGGGAAAAGCAAAGGGAAUCGCCUUCCUUUGGUCCUGGUGGUGCCCGGGUGGGGCUGCUGGGAGCGGUGUCUUCUCUCAGGUGAAAGGAGAAGAGGAAAUGGCCUCAAGAUGUACCGGAGGAGCUUUAAAAUCACGGAUAGGUUUGGGUUGGAAGGGACUUCAAAGCCCAUCCAGUUCUGAUCUCUGCCAGGGACAGGGACACCUGUCCCCGGAUCAGGGCCUCCAAACCACAUCCAACGUGGCCGUGAACAUCUCCAGGUGAUGGGGCAACCACCCCUUCCCCGGGCAACCAAGACCACAGCGCCACCAGGGAGUAAUUCCUUCCUAAGAUCCCAUCUCCAUCUCCCUUCUUUCAGCUCCAACCCAUUCCUCCUCGUCCCAUCCCUGCACUCCCCAAUCCAGAGCCUCUCCUCAGCUUUCUCAGAGCUUCUUUCUGGACCGGAAGCUCCUCUAAGGUCUCCCCGGAGCUUCUCCAGGUUGAACCACACCAACACUUUCAGCGUGUCCUCAUACGGGAGGUGCUCCAGCCCUUGGAUCAUCUCCAUGGUCUCCUCUGGACUUUCUCCAACGUCCUCGUGUCCUUCCUGUCCUGAGGACUCCAGAGGUGGAUGUGGGCCUCCAGGAAGAGAGGGAGGAAGGAUGGUGGCCUCUGGGUAGAGGGGGAGGAAGGAAGGAUGGAAGGAAGGUGGUCUCCAGGCAGAGAGAGAGGGAGGAAGGAAGGAAGGAAGGUGGUCUCCAAGCAGAGGGGAGGAAGGAAAGAAGGAAGGAAGGUGGUCUCCGAGCAGAGGUGGAGGGAAGGUCCUCCAGGACCUCAAUUGCCUUUUGGCUACGGCCAAACCGCACAAAUUCAGAGAUGAAAAGCGAGCGCGAGGCAAAGCCCCUCGUGAUAAGGUCUCCAGAAGCCUUUGAUUACCACAGGCUGAGGAGCGAUCCUUCCCAGCUGCCGAGCUUCCCUCCGAGAUACGGAGCCCGCCUUUGCCUCGGAGCCAUAGGAGCAUGGAAGGGGUUGGGUUGGGAUCUCAAAGCCCAUCCAGUCCCACCACCCGCCAGGGACACCUCCGCCUCCCUUCUCAGGGCAACCUCCGUCUCCCCAUCCUCACAGGAACAAAUUCCUCCCUAAGAGCUCCUCUCGGUCUCCUCUCCCUGAGUUCAAAGCCAUUACUCCCUGUCCUAUCCCACCAGGCGUUGUCCCAGCUUUCCUGGAGGUCCUUUCCAUACUGGAAGCUGCUCUACGGUCUCCGCGGAGCCUUUUCUUCUCCAGGCUGGACAACCUCAACUCUCAGCCUGGUCUCAUAUGGGAGGUUCUCCAGCCCUCGGAUCAUCUCCGUGGCUUCCUCUGGGUUCCUCCAGCAGCUCCACGUCCUUCCUGUGCUGAGGGCUCCACAAGUGGACGCAGGUGGGGUCUCACAAGAGUGGACCAGAGGGUCAGAAUCCCUCUUAGACGCAGCCCGGGAUGUGGUUGGUUGGAGCGCACGUUGGAGCUCAGGUGGAGCUUCUCCACCCACACCUCGAGUCUUUCUCCUCGGGGCUCCUCCCAAUCGCCAAAAUACCACAUUUCAUCUUGGAUUUAAAUCAACUUUCAAGCUCUGAAGAGUCGAUGCUGUCCCGCAGCCUCUUCGUGGAGCACCGGGGCCGCGUUGUGGACUGGAGAACGUCUUCUCCUCGGGUGGGGACUGUCCCUUUGUGCGGUGUCAUCCCCAUCGCGGUUGGUUACCACGUCAACCUUCGAAUGAUCCUUUCUCCCCUUGAAAGGAGAGGAGGGGAAGUGCACAAAGUCCAUCGAUCCCCACUCUUCCGUCGCAAGGAGUCUCCUUCUUCCUGGAGAUACUCAGAGAUUGAUGAAGGGUUGCGUCGAUACCCAACGUUUCACCUCUGGUUCUUUGUCGUUGUCACCAGAAGGGAAAGCAAAGUCGCGUAUUCCAGCGUCACCACCCCAAGGACAAAUCCAGGGUGGGUGGAGAAUGGAUUUGGAGCCGCCCUGAGGAGAAGGACUCGAGGAGGAGAUAGAGGAGAAACUCCACAGGAGGCGACAACGUUUGCUUCCGAACCGAAAGCCAAACUGUCCUGGGCUGCGCCUCUGAGGAUGGAGCAUCCACGACUUCUUGGGGCUGUAGAAGCUUCUGGAAGCUGUGGAAUGACAAUGGAGAGGGUGGGAAUGGCUGCGGCAGUGGAGAAGCUUCUAAAGUGGGCAGAGACACCACGGCAUUGCCCACCGGACGGCCCCUUCCCUGGGGAAGAUGGCUGGAAGAACCUUUCCGCUCAUCUUCUCCCUGCACUCCGUGAUCCCUCCGCAGCUUCCCCGGAGUCCCUUUCCAUACUGGAAGCUGCUUUAAGGUCUCCAUGGAGCCUUCUCCUCUCCAGGGUGAGCAGCCCCAACUCUCCCAGCCUGUCCUCUUAUGGGUUCUCCAGCCCUCAGAUCAUCUCCGUGGCCUCCUCUGGACUCCCUCCAACAUCUCCGUAUCCUCCCUGUCCUGAGGACUCAAGGACGCGGCUCUUCAGCCAAACUCUCCCUUCUGAGCAAACGUGAAGUCACCACCGCGAAGGACAGCUCUUGGCAUGGAGGUGGCACCAUCUGCUCCGCUUCCGAGGAGCCUUUGCUGAAUGAACAAAGAGCGGCAGCGCAGGAAUUCGCCGCCUCGGCCGCGGUGAGGAACGGCGCCGGCGUGGCGGGAGGUCCCACGGCGACAGCCGACGCCGAGCGACGGCCAACGAUGGUGGGGGAUGGACUUGGCAGAGCCUACGCCGUAUCCGGGCUGCGCCGCUUCACUCCUCGUAUCUGCUGAGCUCCUGCUGGGUUUAUGCCACUCCAGAAGACCGUUUCUGGGCCGAUCGAGUGAGUUCACUUUGGGUUCUUUGCAUUCCGAUCAUCCGUAUGGGGAUUUCCUCCCCGUACGAAGCUCCGCGCCGGAUCACAACCUGGAAUCCUCCCUUGGAGCCUUCCCAAUGGCAUCAAGGACACCUUCACCCCUCAGCCUCUCCUCCCUUUGCUCUGCACAAUCAGACCUUCCUCUCUUUCGCCCCACGCUUCGGAAGUUAACGAGGACUUCCGGACUUUCCUUCUCCGCGCGGUUUUGCUUUCCUUUCUUUUUUCCCACCUGGAUGCAUCUUCCACUCUG